AGCAGCAGCAGCAAAAGCGAGACUCCUGCGCCGCCGACUACAAGAGGGUUAAAAGUGUAGAUUGGAUUUCACCCCGGGAAAUCUAGCACACGGAGUGAACUUGAAUCUUUGGCUAUUUAAGGAGGACUGGGGUUUGUUGUGAAGUUGUGGUGAUCCAGGGCAGAGCCCUGUCCUGAUUGAUUUCAUCUUCCUUGAGUCUCAGAUGACUGUAAAAUGAAUAGAUGAAAUUAUUCCUUUUUGAGGCUUUUCUUAGGGGCUCUCCGGGCAACGUGUUCUCAAAGCGAAGUCAUGAUGUAUUCUCCAAUCUGUCUCACUCAGGAUGAAUUUCACCCAUUCAUUGAGGCACUUCUUCCACAUGUCCGUGCAAUUGCCUAUACUUGGUUCAACCUUCAGGCUCGAAAACGCAAGUACUUUAAAAAGCAUGAGAAACGAAUGUCGAAGGAUGAGGAAAGAGCAGUCAAGGAUGAGCUACUUAGUGAAAAGCCUGAAAUUAAACAGAAGUGGGCAUCCAGGCUCCUGGCCAAGCUGCGCAAAGAUAUUCGCCAAGAGUUCCGGGAGGAUUUUGUGCUCACGGUGACUGGGAAGAAGCACCCAUGCUGUGUAUUGUCCAAUCCUGACCAGAAGGGUAAGAUUAGGAGAAUCGACUGCCUGCGACAGGCUGACAAAGUCUGGCGUCUGGAUCUAGUCAUGGUGAUCCUGUUCAAAGGCAUCCCCUUGGAAAGUACGGAUGGAGAGCGGCUCAUGAAAUCCCCACAUUGCACAAAUCCAGCACUUUGCGUCCAGCCACAUCACAUAACAGUAUCAGUCAAGGAGCUUGAUUUGUUUUUGGCAUACUACGUGCAGGAGCAAGAUUCUGGACAACCAGGAAGUCCAAGCCACAAUGAUCCUGCCAAGAAUCCACCAGUGUACCUUGAGGACAGUUUUGUAAAAUCCGGUGUGUUCAACGUGUCAGAACUUGUGAGAGUGUCCAGAACACCCAUAACCCAGGGAACUGGAGUGAACUUCCCUAUUGGAGAGCUUCCGAGCCAGCCAUAUUACCAUGAUAUGAAUUCGGGUGUAAAUCUACAGAGGUCCUUGUCCUCUCCACCGAGCAGCAAAAGACCCAAAACUAUCUCCAUAGAUGAAAACAUGGAGCCAAGCCCAACAGGAGACUUUUAUCCUUCUCCAAAUUCACCAGCUGCGGGAAGUCGGACAUGGCAUGAAAGAGAUCAAGAUAUGUCUUCUCCUACAAUGAAGAAACCUGAAAAGCCUUUGUUUAGUCCUACUUCUCCACAGGAUUCUUCACCAAGACUGAGCACUUUUCCCCAGCAUCACCAUCCAGGAAUCCCAGGAGUUGCACACAGUGUCAUCUCAACUAGAACUCCACCUCCACCUUCACCAUUGCCAUUUCCAGCACAAGCUAUUCUCCCUCCUGCCCCAUCUAGCUACUUCUCUCAUCCAACGAUCAGAUAUCCUCCCCACCUGAAUCCUCAGGAUGCUCUGAAGAAUUAUGUACCUUCUUAUGAUCCGUCCAGCCCGCAGACCAGCCAGCCUAACAGCAGUGGUCAAGUAGUAGGGAAAGUGCCUGGCCAUUUUACUCCAGUUUUGGCACCCUCUCCCCAUCACAGUGCGGUGCGACCUGUGACCCUGACCAUGACAGAUACUAAACCCAUCACUACAUCCACUGAAGGUGAGGCAUCUUCACCUACAGCAACCACCUACACAGCCUCAGGCACAUCCCAAGCCAAUCGAUAUGUGGGACUAAGUCCAAGAGACCCAUCCUUCCUACACCAGCAACAGCUGAGAAUUUGUGACUGGACCAUGAAUCAAAACGGCAGGCAUUUAUACCCCAGUGCCAGUGAGGAUACAUUGGGAAUUACUUGGCAAAGUCCUGGUACCUGGGCUAGCUUGGUUCCCUUUCAAGUAUCGAAUAGGACACCGAUCCUGCCGACAAAUGUCCCAAAUUAUGGUUUGAACAUAAUUGGAGAGCCUUUCCUUCAAGCAGAAACAAGCAACUGAGGGAAAAAAAAAUCAAAAUCCAACAAAUCAAAACCACCCCAAAAUUUAAAAAAGGAAGACAGGAUGAAAAAAGAAACUGAAGAAAGAAGAAAAAAUAGACCAGCAAUUGCAGCUCUUACAAUCACUAAUUUCUUCAUGGUUGAAAGUGAAAUGACAAAGAAAGGGUCGAUGGUAUUUCACUAAUGGGUAGAAUGCAGCUCCUGCUAAGUAGCCUUUGUUAUAUGAAGUCCACUGGGAAAUAGAUGUUCUGUCUCUGACAAUAUAUUUUAACUGACUUUCUAGAUGCCUUAAUAUUUGCAUGAUAAGCUAGUUUUAUUGGUUUAGUAUUCUUGUUGUUUACGCAUGGGAUCACUAUUCCUGGUUAUCUCACAAAACAAAGGCUAGGCAGCAGCAACAGAGCUGCAGGAGGACAGGGGCCGUGAGCCAGCCAUUUUCUCAACAGUCUGUUUUCUAAAUGUUUUAAAAAUAAGCUUUGUAGCCUUUAGUUAUCAUUAUGGAUUUAUUAAACUUUGGCCCUCAAUUCAGCCUUUUCUAGUGUGUUACGCAGUUUGAGGUUUUCAAUCAGUAUGAACACACAGGCUCUAUGGAAGAAAUGCCUCUACAUAGGUAAAAGUGUUAUCUCCUCAUGCAACAGUAAAAAAAAAAAAAAGGAAAAAAAAAGUGAACAUUUUUUCCCCACUAAAGAAACACUUACAGAGGCAAGUGCAAUUUAAAAAUCAUAUCUAAGGGGUCAUCACUAUAAGUCCUUCAGCCCUUGGACUCUAAAUUGAGGGGAUUAAAAAUAGAAAUAAAAAUUACUUUGAACAAACUUAUUUUCCCCUCAGUUUUUGAGGGCAUUAAAAGGCAUUAAUCAAGACAAAACAUGUCCUUGAGGAAAAGAAAUAAAUGGAAACACAGCACUUAUGUUCGUUUAGCUGCUGCCUCCACAGUGGGGUAGGAUUUAUUUAUUUAAAGUUACUGGUUGCAUCAAGAACCCAUAGGGUUUACAUGUUUCUGUAAAAUCUGCAUCAUAGAGACAAAGAGAUAGGCAAAUCCAUGUCACAAGGGCAAAGCUUACCGUUUACAAACUGGUAAUACCAGGAUGGGGAUAUGUUAUAUUUAAAUAAUGCACUCUUCAUGUAAGUCUAAUUACAGGGUGCUGAAAACUUGCAUGGUGCUUUCAGAAGUUAGCCUUGUUCAACAAUUUUCACAUAUUGACAGAUAUAUAAUGUGCAUGGGCAGACAUUUUGCCUCUAUGUCUCUUUAAAAAAGUAAUUAAAAUACUAUUUCCAGUAAUCCUAAUUUGCACGAAGAUAUAAUGUCCACAUUACGUGCCUUGCCUUGAAAGCUAAAAAAUGGAAAAAAACAAAAAAAGAAAAAACCACAAAAAAAUUGACAUCACUACACUUGUUUUGCUGCAUUUAUUAUCAUUUUAAAUCGUUACCAUUUUUAUUACAAGAUAUUUUGUACUCCAGAUGGGAAAAAAGUGUGACAUCAUGGAUUUUUUAGACAGUUAUACCUUAUCUCACAUUUAUAAAGCAUAUCAUGGCUGUGUAUAGUUGCCGCUUAAAAAUUGUAAUCGACCAGCAAUAUUUUCAGUAUUUUGGUGUUUUUUCUAUUAACCUUUCAUGUUUUUCAUCUUCCAAUUAAUAUUGGGGGGAGGGGAUACAAAUUUAUACGAAUUAUGCAAUACCAAGUUUUGCCUAUGUAGGUAGUGCUUUUAGCUGUAUUGGUUAUUAUAGGUAAGUACACAGAUUUAAGAAAAAAAAAAAAAAAAAGAAUAAUGUAUGCUUUUUUUGUUUGUUUUAAUUGACCAAAGUGGGUACUGCUAUUUUUGCAGUGUGAUGAGGUCCUUUUCUGUACUGAGAGGUGGACAGGGGAUUUUUUUUUUUUUAUACAUACAUAUAUAUAUAUUCUGGGGUGGGUGGGGAGGAUUUUUAACACUUUACAGUGUAGCUGUGAAGCAGUGCACCCUUAGCCAGGCAAGGGCUGCAAAGCGACUGUUCUGCCUACUGUGACAAACUUUCAAAUCGGUUCCCUCUUUUUAACUUCCCACCUGGGGUGCAAGCUGAAAUCAUUUCUGGAUUUAAAAAAUAAGUAAUGACUUCUGUUGGAGGCAGACUUGACUUGAGGAAAUUAUUUUACUUGAAGAUUUCUUUUUCUUGAGAAAGAGAGAGACAGAGACAGACAGACAGGGAAAGAGGUCAAGACCCACAGUGAGAUGAAGCCUUUUCCAUUUUGGCAAAGGCACUACAUCCUAAAGUGCUCACGUUAGAAAAUGUUUUCAUCUCAGAAUGACAAAGACGCUUGCUUUGUCUAGCAAAUGUAGGUACAGGGCCAAAAUCUUUGCUGGCAUAAUUCCAGUGAUUCCAAUUGACUCUGGACUUGUUCCUGCAGACGAUUUGCCUCCCUUAGUCUGCUUGACUGGGAAACGUGUCUUUUUUUUUUUAUUGUACAUCAUACCUCCCACCCUGCCCCCUCCUCCCUGCCCCCGAAGUUUAUUAACUCACAGCAUCUGAAUUACAAUUUUCAGCCUGCUCUGGCUGUGCCAGAAGUCUUCUCAUACAGCAGGUCAGAUGGAGAGCUCUGAGCUGUAGUGAGGAAAAUGUUUCUUAGAAGUCUAUUUCCAGUCAACUAACAUUUUGCAGAUCAGUAGUGGGCCUGUUGCUGGAGAACUUUUAUGCACCAGGGAUCUUUGUGAUGUGUUGCUCAACACAGGAUGAUUUUUUCUUAAAAGUACAUCCUUUUAUUAGGGUGUAAGCAGAGAACAGCGUAGACUUGUGGAUAUGGGAUAUUCUGGUGGGAAAUUAAACCGCUUUGCAGUUGUCUUUGCUCCAGCAACAGCCACCGCACAGAGUGCUGGGCAGUGGCGCAUCAGAGUGAGCCCCUUCAGGCUCUGCACGGUGCACAGUGGCUAACAAGCCAGAGUGGUGGCACAUCCCCAUAUCUCUGGCAGGAGAUACGUGUGUAGGCAGGGCCUGUGCAGGUGUAGAGACAGGAGCUGUGGAAAAGCGAAUUCUUGAGAUUUAUCUAUAUCUAAACUGAAAAAAGGAAAACCCCACAUAAAAAGAUAAGAAAACAAAAGAAAAUUAAAAUUUGCUCUUUUUACUGAGCCCUGUAGUAGUGAAUUCCUUUGUUAAACACAUAGCUGUUGAGGUGACUGAAGUGUGCUACACCCACCCAGGAUGCAUCUCAGGCUCUGGCCUAGUAAAACAAAAUAUCUAUUGUCCUUUCCACAGGCUACUGGUUCUGAGCAGUCAGGAGCAGUGGGUUGUGCUGGGGGACUGACUCUGAUUAGUGCCUUUAGUAGGGUGUCCCCCUUAAGCUUUUGACAGCACACUAGGAUAGAACUGAACUUCAAAGUGCAACAGUUAGAAUUACGAUUGCCCUUGUAGGAAGAUGAGUGCCCCUAUAACAGAGCUUUUUUGUUAUCUCUGACCUCCUGCAUGAAAAAAAUGCAGAUGCAGCAUUUAAAAAGAAAACUUCUUCCUUCCAGUGAAUGAAUUGGGUUGUUAAGAACUGUGAGGUUUUUUUUUUUUUCCACCUGCCUCUGUAAUAGAAAAGCUUGUUUGGAAGAAAAUGAACUUUUUGUUUGUUGUAGGUUUGUUUUUGGGUUGUUGUGUUGGGUUUUGUUUGGUUGGUUUUGGGUUUUUUCUAAGCUCAUCAGUCAAAAGAUUUAAGAUUGAGAACUCAAAUCUAGUCUCUGGCCUCCUCCUUCACCAGGAAGUGUAUUCUGACUAAAUCGAGCCACCCCGUUCUAUGUGCACUGUUCUGCCUUUAUUAAGUUGCUUUGCAGCCCUGGCCUCAUGGCUGUGCCACUGAAGUGUGUUUCCCCUGGAGUGACAUGAAAGUUUGAGGCUUGACUAAGGAAAAAAAAAAAAAAGACAGUGAAGGAGACUGUACAUAAAGACAUGGCAAAAAUAUGAAUUAUAGCAAUAUAGUUGUGGGGUGAUGUUCAGGUGGGCAGCUCCAUUGAAAUAUGUGAAUGAAUUUGUGAAGCUGCAAGUAGUGAUAAGAAAGUAGGUUCUUCUGAAUGAAAUGCCUACCUUGUAGACAGGAAUUUGUACACUGUAUAGUUUUGUUAAGAUUUUUUUUUUAUUAAAAUACCCUCGUUUGUAAAGCUAACUUUUUAACAGUUAUAAUGGAAAUACAUGUCAUUUCCAUUUUUAAAGUAAACAAGAAUAUUCCUUGUUUGGAAACUGGACUUGGGUUAAAACUCUCCAGUUUCUUAAUUUAUGUAUUAAAAAAAAAAAAAAAUCUGUCCAUGUUAGGAGUUAUUUCGCUGAUUCCUGUGCUUGAAAAGCACAGGUUACUAAUCCUUUAAAAAUGUAAAUGGAGAAAAGUUAUAUUUUAUGAAGGUUAUUUUGUUGUAUUUAGUAUUGGAAAAGUUGGUUUUCAGAGCAUUUCAAAAUGUUGGAAGCACCACUGUCUUUUUAUUAGUAUAUAUGGCCUUUAGCAAAAGUUUUUUGUGAUUGUUACAUGAUGGUAUUUAAGAUUAGGUUCACAGAGCAAUUCAGGAUAGGCAGAGAACUAAAACAGUACUUACAUCUCACAUAGCUGUGUCCUCAGGGAGCAGAAUUUCGGAUUUGCAACUUGUAGCUUCAUAAGGACUUAUUGAAAGAAAUUGCACAAGAACAUACUCAGCUGUGACACCAGAGUGUGUUCUGUACCUAAAUCUAAAUUUUAUUUACUGUGUGAGAUUAUGAAGGCUGCAGAAAGUUUUCCCAUAUUCAGUGUACAGUAUUUACUUUUAAUGAAACAACUCUCUAAUGUUGCUGGCAAUAAGGCCCCAAGCAUGACAUCCAGUAUAAUUGACAUGAUUCUGUCAAGGUCUCUUAUUAACCAGCUGCAUGCUCCUGGACUUUUUUCUUGGGUUUUCUAUAGAAAACUUGAAAAAAAAUUAAAAAGGAGAGAGGAAAAUCAUAUGCAGGCUAAUCAGGUUAAACAGGAAAAGCUCGAAGUUGAAUGUUCUACUCCAUGCUGAAGACGCUGAAAACUGCCUCCUUAUUUGCACUUUCUGCUAGUUCCCCAGUUUUUUUUCUAAUUCCUCAAAAUUGUGUGGGUGUGGUGGAGCACUGCAGUUGGAGGAUAACAUGGACCACUGAUUUUGCCCUUUAACCCUGCACAAUGACCUUUGCAUCAGCCAAACUUAUUGCCAUGACAACUCUUUGUACUGUUUCCAUGCCACAACUCUGUUGGUCACAUUGUUAAUAGUAAAGGGGACAAGUUGGAGACGGUCAAUUUUUACAUUUUUGUUGCAAUUUUUUCUUCGAUGGUUGUAAGUAGUUGUUUGUUUUGUUUUUUUUUUUUUCAAUGAUUAAAAGGGUUCACUAGUUAUUACUCUUUAGAAAUAUCUGUGUGUUGCAAUUCAAAUGUAUGUUGAAUUUGUGAAAAGGGCUUCAGUGCCACUAGCAUCAUAAUAUCCUAGAAUAAGCCUUUGAUACUUUAUUGCAUGAUACAGUAACAGUAAAACAUAAGGUGGCCUAAAUAAAUGGAGAGUGGUGUGAGCUAGUGACACUAAAG